AUGUCUCCUCAUCCUGGAGUGCCCAUAGCUUCUUGGGACUUCGGUCCCUGUAUCGAACUGCUAGUGCAGGGCGUGAAGUCCGACAACACUAAAUCACCACGGCUGAACAAUGCCUCCUCGACAAACAUACCUGCCAGAAACCAAGAUGUCGCCACCACCAGAAGUACUCCAAGUCUAGGGAAUUUCGAUGCCAUUUUCAAGCACUUAGGCACCGAGCCUAUCGACAUACCCAUCAAAGCAAACUAUCCAUCAUCUUCAGACGAAACAUCUGAAGAUGUAGGCUCAUACUCCACUACGGCCUCCACACCGCCGGACGAAGAACCUGAAUAUUUUGACUUGUGCAUGACACCUAGGGCGGUCAGGGCGAAUGAAGAUAUUCAAAAUUACAAAACAAAACUGGAGUUGAAUAAUACUCCACAAAAUAAACCGAAGAAAGUCACCUUGCCCAACGGAGCCAAGCAACUGCCAAACAAUCCCCUGUCAACGACCGAACUUUAUCGUCAGCUCAAGGUCACCCGAACAUUGGACUCGACCGUUCCACUCCCAAGUUUCGGAUGGGUGCCGGAUGACCUGCCUACUACGCCGGUACGGAGAAGCGAGCGCAUAUUUAACAAAGCCAAGAAGUCCUCAGCUGUAGUUGAUGUCCAUGCGACAUUAACGCAUUUUUCAACAGCACGAGCUGCUGGAAUCAGCACGCAUAAGUCAGUCGGCCGUCGCCAGAGUUUACCUGCAGAUACUCCGCGUAUUCUGCUGGAUCCUAAAGUGAUAAGACCUCUGCUAUAUGCGUCUCAUGAUACGAAGAAGCUUAGAAUUGCUGAAAAGCUCAUGCUAAGAUUCGGAAAAAUAUCGAGUACGAUUGAGGGCGACCUUAUCCGUGCUAUAGACCAUGUUGGUGGCAAUGAACGUCCAGAUGGCAUCCAUGUGUUCGUUGAUAGCUCUAACAUUGCCAUCGGAUUUGCAGAGGCGCUCAAAAGGGCACGGGGAAUGGACAAAAAUGAAUUUACGAAAUUACCACCACUGGCAUACCAUUCGCUGGCCUUGAUCAUGGAACGUGGUCGAGGUGUCGCGAAACGGGUUCUGGUGGGAUCCAGUCGAGAUAACGUGCGAUUGGAUUACAUGUACGAAGCAGCCCAGUGCGGCUAUGAAGUUUCAGCGCUCGAGCGCGUGGAAAAGUUUAAGGGGGCGAAAGAGUCGGAUAUUGAAAAAUAUAAGCGGCUCGGAGGAGCCAAUGGCAACAACACGUCUUCCGGUAGUGGCGGCGAGGCACCUCUCAACGCCUUUAAAACGGUUACUGAGCAAGGCGUGGACGAGAUUCUUCAUAUGAAAAUGCUGGAAAGCAUGGUUGAUACGGAGUACCCCUCCACAAUGGUCGUCGCCACCGGAGACGCCGCUGUCGCGGAGUACUCCUCUGGCUUUCUCAGGAACGUCGAAAGGGCUCUUGAGCGGGGAUGGAAGGUUGAGCUCGUCGCUUGGAAGCUUAGUAUGAGCUACGCCUACCGCGAUAAAGCAUUUGCGAAGAAAUGGGCCAAGCAGUUCACGAUAGUGGAACUGGACGACUUCCAAGAGGAGUUGUUGGGCAUCUAUACGAAAGGCCCCCGCACUUUUGACGCGUCGAAUUUUGUGUAG